UAAAAGUACGAUAGUUCAUAUAAAAAGUCAGAAUGCACGAUAUCAGGAAGAAAAUAAUCCAAAAGCCUGAGGUAUCCAAUCGUAAGGGAAAAAAAAAAAGAAAAUCUGGCACUAAGCCUAUUUGAGCGCCGGACCACUUGCAUUUUUGGUAGCGCCCACGCUGGUUCUUUCCCCUCCGCAGCUUGCGACAAAUCUUAAUACUUUGCUAUCUCAACCUCUCUCCCUUGCUUCUUCUUCUUCCUCUUUUUCCUCUUUCUCCUUUCAUAAUUCAUCUCACCUUGCAUUCCUCACUCCUGCAUUCUUUCUUGGAUAGAUCGUUUCUGUCCAGGUAUUUGCAGCAGUCGUUGAUCCCCGCGUCGGAAGUCAGAUCUGCUCUUCUGUUCCCCUCUUCAAAAGAGAGUCCCAUUCAGCAAUGGCUACCAACGCAUUCGAUCACCUUACCAACCGUAUGAAGCUGGAAUGGUACUCCCAGCUUAAUACCGAGAUGGCUCCUGAGGGCAACUACCGUCGCACCUCCAUCAUUUGCACCAUCGGUCCCAAGACUAACUCCGUCGAGAAGAUCAAUGAGCUUCGCAAAGCCGGUCUCAAUGUUGUUCGCAUGAACUUCUCUCACGGCUCAUACGAGUACCACCAAUCUGUUAUUGACAAUGCCCGCGAGGCCGAGCGCACCCAGGCUGGUCGCCCAGUUGCCAUUGCUCUUGACACUAAAGGACCUGAGAUCCGUACCGGAAACACAGUCGACGACAAGGACUACCCCAUAUCUGCUGGAACAGUGUUCAAUGUCACCACCGAUGAGCAAUAUGCUACUGCCAGCGACAACAAGAAUAUGUAUGUCGACUACAAGAACAUCAGCAAGGUGAUCCAACCCGGCAAGCUCAUCUAUGUCGAUGACGGUAUCCUCUCUCUCAAAGUCCUCGAAGUCGUCGACGAGAAGACCAUCCGCGUCCAGUGCCUGAACAACGGCAACAUCUCCUCCCGCAAGGGUGUCAACCUGCCCGGCACUGAUGUCGAUUUGCCUGCUUUAUCCGAGAAGGACAAGAAGGAUUUGCUCUUUGGUGUUAAGAACAAGGUCGACAUGGUCUUUGCAUCUUUCAUUCGCCGUGGUGAUGAUAUCAAGGAGAUCCGUAAGGUCCUCGGUGAGGAAGGCAAGGAGAUUCAGAUCAUUGCCAAGAUUGAGAACCAACAAGGAGUCAACAACUUUGACGAAAUUCUUGAAGAAACUGACGGUAUCAUGGUCGCUCGUGGUGAUCUUGGUAUCGAAAUUCCUGCCCCCAAGGUGUUCAUUGCCCAGAAGAUGAUGAUCUCCAAGUGUAACUUGAAGGGCAAGCCUGUCAUUUGCGCUACUCAGAUGUUGGAGUCCAUGACAUACAACCCUCGCCCAACUCGUGCCGAAGUCUCUGAUGUGGCCAACGCCGUUCUUGACGGUGCUGACUGUGUCAUGCUGUCCGGAGAAACUGCCAAGGGUAACUACCCCAACGAGGCCGUUUCCAUGAUGCACGAGACAUGUUUGUUGGCCGAAGUCGCUGUUCCCCAUUUCAGCAUCUUUGAUGAGUUGCGAACCCUUUGCCACCGUCCUGCCGAUACCGUCGAGGCUAUCGCCAUGUCUGCUGUCAGCGCCAGUCUGGAACUAAACGCUGGUGCCAUCCUUGUCUUGACCACCAGUGGUAAGACCGCUCGUCUGCUCGCCAAAUACCGCCCCGUCUGCCCUAUUAUCAUGAUCACGCGUAACGAAGCCGCAUCUCGGUAUUCCCACCUCUACCGUGGUGUCUACCCAUUCUACUUCCCCGAGUCCAAGCCGGACUUCCACGUCAAGAUCUGGCAGGAAGAUGUGGACCGUCGUUUGAAGUGGGGUAUCUCCAACGGUAUCAAGCUUGGUGUUAUCAAGAAGGGUGCCAGCGUCGUCUGCGUCCAGGGAUGGCGCGGUGGUAUGGGCCACACCAACACCAUUCGUGUGGUUCCUGCCGAAGACGACUUGGGUCUUGAGAUCUAAACGCCUUCUUGCCCCAGCUGGUUGGUUUCCUUUGCCAUCACUGUAGCGCCGAAAAUCGAAAAUAAACAUGUUCGAACGAUUCCAAGGAAACCGUCGAAAUAGAGGAGUCAUGUAGUUCCGGCGUCAUGGACUACUCUUUGUCCAUGCCGAAAAAAUAGGAUGGCACAGGUAAUUAUGAGCAUGAUGGAAACUAGCUGCGGCAUCGAUGACCUGCUCUCGUCUCUUCUCUUCCUGAAUACUUUCCGGCAAGAGAGAGUUCAAAAAGAACGAAGCAACAUUUGGAUAUAAUUCGCUUUUGUUUCGGAUUUCCUUGUCUCUUUUGUCAUCAUGUUUCAUGUCUAGAGGAUUUUAUGAAUUGUUCCUUCCUUUUUGCAUGCUCCAUCCGUAUGUCCGGUUUCUCUUUUGGAUAGCUCUCUAGAGUC